AGAGAGAGUGAGCGAGAGGGGGAGCGCUGUAGGGAGCUUCCGUUUAUCUGCGAGGUCAGAGAAGGCAGGCUGCGCGUUACAGUGGUGCUGUUGAAAAACACGAUGAAAAUGGCGUGGCAACCACAGGAGGAAGGACUUAGGCAAAUUCUGACGCUGCUCAAGGAGUCGCAGAGCCCGGACACGGCGACCCAGCGGGCCGUACAACAAAAAUUGGAGGAGUUGAACAAAUUCCCGGAUUUCAACAAUUAUCUGAUUUUUGUCCUGACGAAAUUGACGUCGGAAGACGAACCUACCAGGUCUCUGAGCGGGCUGAUAUUGAAGAACAAUGUAAAGACGUACUUCCAUAAGUUCGUACCGGACGUGAUAAAUUUUGUCAAGCAAGAAUGUCUGUCGGCUGUCGGAGAUCCAUCGCCGCUGAUUCGUGCGACCGUCGGUAUUUUGAUCACCACCGUCGCAUCAAGAGGUGAACUAACGUCUUGGCCGGAGCUGCUGCCGGCGCUGUGCCAGAUGCUGGACUCGCAGGACUACAACGUUUGCGAGGGCGCGUUCGGCGCUCUCCAGAAGAUCUGCGAGGACUCGGCGGAGAUACUGGACUCGGACGCCAUGAAUCGCCCGUUGAACAUUCUGAUCCCAAAGUUCCUUCAGUUCUUUAGACACUCGAGCCCCAAGAUCAGGUCCCACGCGAUAGCGUGCGUCAACCAGUUCAUCAUCCAACGCACGCAAGCGCUGAUGAUCCAUAUAGACAGCUUUCUGGAGAAUCUCUUCCAUUUAGCUUCGGACGACGAUUCCGAGGUCCGGAAAAACGUGUGCAGGGCCCUGGUGAUGCUGCUCGAGGUACGAAUGGACAGACUAAUACCGCACAUGCACAAUAUCAUAGAGUACAUGCUGUUAAGAACUCAGGACGUCGACGAGGGGGUGGCAUUGGAGGCGUGCGAGUUUUGGUUGUCGCUUGCGGAACAACCGAUUUGCAAGGAGGCGCUCGCGCCACAUUUGACGCGACUAGUACCUAUCUUGGUGAAAGGUAUGAAGUAUUCGGAGAUUGACAUAAUCCUCCUGAAAGGAGACGUGGAGGAGGACGAGAUGAUCCCGGACAGGGAAGAGGACAUCCGACCACGUUUCCACAAGUCCAAGACGCAUCACUCGCAUCACGCCAACGGCAUGAACAAGCACACCGACGAGAACGGCGGCGUGAACGGCGGGUGCGACGACGAGGACAUAGACGUCGAGGACGGGUGCGACGACGAUUCGACUCUGAGCGACUGGAACUUGAGGAAAUGCUCCGCCGCUGCGCUGGACAUGCUGGCUAAUGUGUUCAGAGAAGAGCUUCUGCCGGUCCUGAUACCGAUCCUGAAGGAGACUCUUUUCCAUCAGUCCUGGGAGAUCAAGGAGUCCGGUAUCUUGGCGCUGGGAGCUAUCGCUGAAGGGUGUAUGAGCGGCAUGAUUCCGCAUUUGUCGGAGCUUAUCCCUUACCUGAUCAGCUGUCUGAGCGACAAGAAGGCUCUCGUGCGUGCCAUAACUUGCUGGACGUUGAGCCGUUACGCGCAUUGGGUUUGUGCGCAGCCUCACGAGACGCACUUGAAACCUCUGAUGACGGAACUGCUCAAGCGAGUGCUCGACAGCAACAAGCGCGUCCAAGAGGCGGCCUGCUCCGCCUUCGCGACUCUGGAGGAAGAGGCGUGCACCGAGCUGGUCCCUUACCUCGGAUUCAUCCUCGAGACGCUCGUCUUCGCGUUCAGUAAAUAUCAGCAUAAGAACCUGUUAAUUCUGUACGACGCGAUCGGCACCCUCGCCGAUUCUGUGGGCCAUCAUCUGAACAAACCAGACUACAUCAACCUUCUGAUGCCACCUCUAAUUAAUAAGUGGAACGUACUAAAGGACGAGGAUAAAGAUCUGUUCCCACUGCUGGAAUGCCUUUCUUCAGUAGCGACCGCGUUGCGCUCGGGUUUCUUACCAUAUUGCGAACCUGUAUACAGGCGAUGCGUGUCGCUCGUAGAGCAAACGUUGAACCAGCACAUAGCGAGCACGCAGAGUCCGGAGCAAUUUGAGGCACCCGACAAGGACUUCAUGAUAGUCGCGCUGGACCUCCUGAGCGGGUUAGCGGAGGGUCUGGACGGUCACAUGGAGCGGCUGGUAAUGAACAGCAACGUUAUGCAGCUGUUGUACCAGUGUAUGCAGGACACCAUGCCCGAGGUUAGACAGAGUAGCUUCGCUUUACUAGGAGAUCUUACGAAAGCUUGUUUCCAACAUGUACUCCCCUGCAUACCGGAGUUUAUGCCUAUACUUGGACAAAACUUGCAUCCGCAGUUCAUAUCGGUGUGCAACAACGCAACAUGGGCGAUCGGCGAGAUUUCGAUAAAACUUGGGCCCGACACGAGCGCGUAUAUCCCGUUGAUCUUGUCGCAGCUCAUCGAGAUCAUUAAUCGUGCGGACACGCCGAAAACGCUGUUGGAAAACACGGCCAUAACGAUCGGUCGCCUAGGUUAUGUGUGUCCCCACGACGUCGCCCCCAUGUUACAGCAGUUUGUCCGACAGUGGUGCACUUCUCUGCGAAGCAUAAGAGAUAACGAAGAGAAGGAUUCUGCCUUCAGAGGUAUGUGUCAAAUGAUUACUGUUAAUCCGGCCGGCGUCGUCCCGGACUUCAUCUUCUUCUGCGACGCCGUGGCGUCUUGGUCUGCGCCGAAGGAGGACCUGAAGGAGAUGUUUCAAAAGAUACUGUUCACUUUCAAGAAUCAAGUGGGCGAGGAGAAUUGGAAGCGAUUCUCCGACCAGUUUCCGCCGCAGCUCAGUGAGCGGCUCCACAACAUGUACGGCGUCUGAACAGCUCCGCCUAAAAGCGAAGGCCGCUUAAUACAGCAGGCCGAAUGGGGUUGGGCGGGAAACAAGGGGCGAAUGGGACGGGUGGGUGAAACCACGGCCUCUUCUCAUCAACAUCGUUGUCGUUACCGUGUCAUCGUGGUAUGUUAUUAUCGUGCUUUUGGGGAAAAUAAUAGAAGGCACGCCGUGCCUUUUAAGCCUUGGCGGCCGCCGAGGCCGCGAGGGAAGAGAACGGAGAGAAGGAGAAAGAGAGGAGACGAGAAAGAU